CGUUCACGUGACUGCUUGUGUUGUUUGUGGCCGCGCUUCUUGUUCAUUUGGCGGGUCUGUAUAGAUCAGACUGCUGUCCUUCAGCUCAGCGAAUUCACUGUCAUUUAGAAAAUUAUAUUAAAAAUGUCUCACAGGUACAGAGCCACGCGCAGCGACGCUCACGAUAGUGACUUUAAACACAGGAGCAGUGGCCCGUCUCGGUGGUCCCACUGCCGGAAGAGAGGAAUAGAUGGAAGUCUGAGGAGCCACAGUGACGAGGACGGUGAUGAUGGACACUCUGACAGCAGGAAUUCCAGUUUCACCACCCCAGAGAGCGCAGCGCCUGUGUCUCGAUGUGGUCGGCAGUCUGACUGGGGGAGCCAGGUGGAGGACGAAGAGAUGAGGCAAGAUGUUCACAGAGAUAUGCAACGAUACAGGAGGAGGAUACUAGGUUCAGAGGUCAAUCAGAGGGAGAGAAAAACUUCAUCAGGCUCUUCUGGCAGCUGUGACUCCAGAGAGGGUGAAAACAUGGAGACUGACGAAGCUGUGUUGAUGCGAAGACAAAAGCAGAUCAGCUACGGCAAGAACACCCUGGCCUAUGACCGUUACAUCAAGGAGGUGCCAAAGCACUUGCGACAGCCGGGCGUUCACCCAAAGACUCCCAACAAGUUCAGGAAGUACAGCCGGCGUUCCUGGGAUCAACAGAUCAAACUGUGGAGAGUUAAGCUGCAUGCCUGGGACCCCCCAGCAGGCUGCAGCCAGGAACACACCCUCAGUGACAAUAUAGAGGAGCUGGACCUUGAGGAUAUUGUGGACAUUGAGUUGGAUUUUCCUUCCUUGGCUGAUUCCCAGAACGCACCGUCUUCCCUGCUGGUCCAUAGCUCUGCAGCCGAGAAUGAAGACUGUUCUGCUACUCCAGUUAAAGUCAAGAAGACAGAGGAUCCUGACGUGGCCAAGGGCCUCUGAUGACAACAUGCGCAAGGAUUUCACCUAACACUGAUGUCUCUCAAAGUUAACAUGGACAGUGUCUGUGACUGCUUCUCAACUUGGGGAUGCUUUUGGUUUUCUUGUUUAAAGUUUGCUUGUUUCUGGUCUGUAGCCUGAAAUUU